AUGUCUCUGUGGAUUCGUCCUGCCAGUAUUCUGCCUCGCUUCGUCGAGGAAGCUAUGCGAGACUUCCGCUAUUUGGAACCGAUGAUGUUCGGUCCCCUUCAACGCCUUUCCGUUCCAUGGGAGGCAGCGGAAACAGCGGUGGUAGCAAAUGGUGACGUGGUCAACAACGAUUCGAAGUUCGCCGUUUCGAUUGAUGUAUCGAAAUUCAAGCCAGAAAAUCUAAAAGUGAAUAUCGAAGGUCGUCAGCUAACGAUCGAAGGAAAGGAGGAAGUCAAGGAUGAGAACGGCUAUUCCAUGAGGUCAUUCGUUCGCCAAUGGAUGCUACCAGAAAACGUUGACCUAGACGCUGUCCGCUCCUCCCUAUCGGACAAUGGCCAACUUUCCAUCGAAGCACCGAAGAUCGGGAAAGCAGUGAUAUCGGGAAAUGAAAGCCAUUCCUAUCGACGCGAUGUACCUGCCACCGAAAGCAUCGAAGGCGAAAAGAUCGAUGCCGUAAAGAACAACGCCGUAAAGACCGACGCCAUAAAGAACAACGCCGAAAAGAAAUGA